AUGGGCGUGGUAAAAGAUGUCACGAUGGAACUUAAUGAUCCUAUGGACGCCUUGUCGGUCAACAAGGACUUUACACAGCUGGCUGUUGCUGGCAGGGCAGGUAUGGUAGUUUUUAAGUGUUAUUAUCGUCGAAUUAAAUUUUUUACUCGGUUUAUUAUUAUAAAUUGAAAUUUGAAAGACUGUAAAACGUAUUUUACCAAAUAUUUUUGAGAAAAAGAACAGUUUAGAGCUUAACUUAUAUUGUUAUAGAUAACAUAUGAUUAUUUUAAGGAUUUAUUUAUUUUUUUAGUUAUUUUCUUAAUAAUAGCGGCUUAAUUUAUCUGUAAUUUUCAGUUCUAAAAGUCUUCUCUAUAAAAGAAGAUGGUUUUGAGCCGGCUGUGGAUCUACGAGCCAAAACUCGUCGUAUGAACCUCUACUUCUCUGGCUCGGUUUCAUGGAAUCCAAACAGAGAAAACCUGAUAGCAGUUACCUCAUCGAUAGGAUCAAUAGUCUUAUUUGAUCUAGAGCAUUGUCACGGCAGUAAUCCUCAAGAUGCUGUUAGUUUUAUUGACCCAGAGGCUGUGAGUUCUGGUUUGGAAUUUCAAUUCAGAGCUCACAAAGCAGCGGCCACUAAAGUAUGCUUUCACGAGUUCAAUCCUAAUAUUUUUAUUAGUGGAUCUAAAGAUGCCACUUUGUUCUUGUACGAUAUCAGACGUCCAGAACCUGCUGCUCAUUUUGUGUAAGGAAUUUUAAUAGUUAAAUAUGUUUUUUGCGUAAUGGUUAGUAAUUUAUGUUGUUUUAGAUGACAUUGUGAUGUGGAUAGUAGUGUAAUGACAAGUUUUUAAUUUUUUAAGCAUUGAAACACAGUCUAAAGCCUUCUUUAUGAUAAAACAUCAUUUUAUCUUAAUUCCAGGCCAAAUGGCGGCUCAAUGGACACAAUCAGAGACAUGAUGUUUGGCCUGGAUACCCAAUCACAAGAUCUCUUUGUAACUGGUGAUGACAGUGGAGCUGUUCGCUUCUGGGACAUUAGAAAACCGAACCAAUGUGUAAAAGAGACUCUCGCACAUCAAGGACCAGUCAGUGGAAUAUCGUGGCAUCCAGCACCACAAUUCAGGAAUCUGAUAGCGACAGCCGGCAGAGAUCGCUACGUCAGAGUAUGGGAUUGGUUGGCUGAUGUUACUGACUUUGUAUACUCGGUGGAGACGCCAUCAGCUUUGAAUAAAGUGAAAUGGGAUGUGGAUAAUCAAUAUCAUUUAGUCACGGUAGCUGCUUCUGAAUCUCAGGUGUUUAAAUGGGACGUGAGACGACCGUUCUUUCCGUAUUCUUGCUUUGGAACAUACGAUUUUAAUGUUACAGGUAAAGAAUUACGGUUUUUUUAUAAUUAAAUAUAUAUGUAGAGUUCAGUAAUUGUUAUGUAGGAACUAGUGUUGAAUUUGAUUAAUAUAUUGUUAUAGAUGAUUGAUUUUAAGGGUAACACUGUGUAAAGAAAGUUGUGUUUUAGAUAUUGCUUUCCCUCAGUUUACUGGAUUGGAAAAGUUUGUUACUUGUGGCAAAGAUCGCAAACUAAGUUUACAUUAUUCUAAAAAUGGUGACAAAACUAUCUCGUAUCAUCGACCGUUUGCUAUGUCUGAAACCAGUCCGUUCAAUGAAGUUAUGUGUGCUGGUAGGUCAAGUUUUUUAGAAUUUUAAAAUAAAUUUUAAGUUUUAAAACUUUUUAUUUAUAUCAUGAGAAUGAACUACUACUAUCUGUGGUGGUUCACGGUAUAUUGGUCAUUUUAGGUAUUAUUUUUGAGUUGUUGUAGUACGUACUAUAAUUGCGAUAUCAGCAAUAUUGUUAUUUAAAACGUUUGUUUUAGUGCCAGAAGGAUGCACAAAAGGAGAAUAUAACACUGAAUAUCAAUUUGAACAUCCAGUAAGGUCAUCCUUGUUGCAGUAUCAGAAUCCACCAGCUGCUUUGAGUUUGGCUAAUAAGUUCUCAGAAUUGGCGAAACAGCAAGUUAUUUUUAUUAUUAGGUUAUUCAACUGAGUCUGUGCUUCUUGUAAUGUAAAUUUUGGGGGUUAAAGGGCACAGAAUUAUAGUGUUUUAUUGGCAUGUAAGGUUAAAUUUUGCUUUUUCAGCUACUGUUUCUUGGGUGACAAUCCCAUGAACAUUUGCAAUCACAACGCCGAAGCGGCUCGAAAAUGCGGUGAUGUUGAUUUGAGUUACACAUGGAAAGUUAUUGGUAUAUUGUUGAAUGAAGGUCGAUUAUUUGAAGCCGGAAAGUAUUACGAUGGAAAAGAUCGGUAUUUCGAGUAUAUUCAGAAUCCGGAAGGUACGUUUUUGAGGCCUGGAAUAGAAGAAAAAAAGGGAAAAUGUUACUUUAUUAUCGAAGGGAUAAGGGAAAUUUUUGCGGAAUGCCAAGUUGUUGUAUUAUUAAACGAAAUGGCAAAAUAUGAAUUUUAUAAAAUUAUUUCUUGUUUUUUGAAACUGUAAUAUUUUUGAAGGAAUGAUAAUAUAAAAAAUAUUAGAAAUAAUGUUGUUUUAGUACGAAGAAACAAGAAAGAACAAGUAGAAGAAGUGGAAGAUAGCUCAGACGAUUCAGAUGACGAUGAAAAUUUUAUGCCAGGAACUUUCUCUCAAAGUCUUCAAGAUGCUUUGAGUUCAACAACCGACUUUUACUUUGGAUCCGGAGAGUUUUGUCGCGAAGGUCUACCUUGUGGCAAGACUUUUGUCACUUUGUUUGAGUCUAAACAGUAAGUUUUUUAACAUAAAAUGUAAAUUUUAUCUUUAAUCAUCUUUAGCUUUUGAAAUACCAUAAUAUAAUGAGGUAGAAUUGUUAAAAAUUUCACUUUUAGCGCCCGAUUCAUGAAAUCCGACCUUCGAUCAAUUGGUUCAGAAGCCGUGAAUCUAAAUCGAUACAAGAGUUGCGAAGACGCGGCUACAGAAGUGUCGAACGAUGAAGAGCUUAUGAUGGAGAAUAUGCCUUCAAGUCGAUUGGGAGACAUCUAUUACGGUGACUCGGACAACGAAGGAAAUAAAGAACAACAAGAAGAAAAUGUAGAUGAUGAAGAGAACAUUGAAGAAGAAGUCGGACUUCAGAUGCAUCAUCCUGUAGAAGCAGAGUCUUCCGUGGAUUCGGCUCAUGCUAGCGUAGACUUGAGUAACUGUAGUAUAUCAGCGGCUUUGCUGAACGUAGCUAGUGUACAUAUCACGUGGGGACCGGUUACUAGGCUAAAGAAGAUUAUGAAUCUGUAUACUGAUGUGUGCGACAGUCAGACGUGCUCAACAGUAUGUCUUAUAAUGGGUUCAAAAGCGAAUGAUUUGUUUGGAGAAGAACAGGUUACGUCAUGGUUUCUUCAUUACAUUGAACAACUACAAAACGCUGGAUUUGGAGAUCUGGCUACGUUUGUUGCCAAAAACUCGGGGUGUGAAGAAGUGGUCAAGACGCUGCAGGAGGUAUAUUCAUUUUAUUUUAGGAGUAUUAUAAUAGGAUGUUAAAAUAAUUUUAUACCUCAUAACCUUGAAAAUUUUCUUUGAGAGGGAGCACACUAUUAUAUGAACAAGCUAAUAACACGAAAUUGUAAGACAUGUAUAGUUUUUUUGAGGAUGAUAACGCGGUUUUCAGAAUAUGCACGUAAAAGUAUACUGUGGUAAUUGUGAUACACCAGCACCAGUAGCGUCAGAAAGCUGCCAGAAAUGUGGUACUACCUUUGUUGCAAUUUGUACAGUUUGGUAAAAUAUUUUUUUCUGUUUUAAGGGUAUUUUAGUUUUUAAAAAGACUAGUUUUAGAAAUAUAACUUAAAUACGAUCAACACCCCAAUGAGUGCGGUCCAACUCUUAAUAUAUCUUAAUUUACAGAUGGUUAUUAUUUCAAACACAAUUAACAAUGCUACAUAUUUACCUUUCAGUGACAACGAAGUAAAAGGCAUUUUUGCCCAAUGUAAAGACUGCGGCCACGGAGGUCAUGAAGGUCACGUUGAAGAAUGGUUCAGAAACUUUGGAGUAUGCCCAUUUCCUGGCUGUGAACAUAUCUGUGUGACCAGUCGAAACAAAACCGAAGAAAACGAAACAGAAGAAUUAGUGCCUGAGGCUCAUUUGGUAGCUCAAAGUGGACUGGUCGAUUCGAACAGAAGAUUACAUUACCGAGCGGAGAAUGGUCGAAUAUUACCGCUAAAUACGACUGUUCAUGAGAUGAACGAGCAGUUCUCUUUGUUGUGA